AUGCGUCUUUGGGGUCGACCACUGGAUGGAAUGAACUUGAUCCGAGGACGGUUUGCCAAAGCCUUCUUGAAUUACGUAAGAAAUAAGAGGUUGGUGUUGAGGGAUGAGGAUGACAACGCUGCUCUAGGAGAGGGGGAUGACAACGCUGCUCUAGGAGAGGGGGAUGACAACGCUGCUCUAGGAGAUGAGGAUGACAACGCUGCUCUAGGAGAGGGGGAUGACAACGCUGCUCUAGGAGAUGAGGAUGACAACGCUGCUCUAGGAGAGGGGGAUGACAACACUGCUCUAGGAGAGGGAGAUGACAACGCUGCUCUAGGAGCGGGGGAUGACAACACUGCUCUAGGAGAGGGGGAUGACAACACUGCUCUAGGAGAGGGGGAUGACAACGCUGCUCUAGGAGAUGAGGAUGACAACACUGCUCUAGGAGAGGGGGAUGACAACACUGCUCUAGGAGAGGGAGAUGACAACGCUGCUCUAGGAGAGGGGAAUGACAACACUGCUCUAGGAGAGGGGGAUGACAACGCUGCUCUAGGAGAUGAGGAUGACAACACUGCUCUAGGAGAGGGGGAUGACAACACUGCUCUAGGAGAGGGAGAUGACAACGCUGCUCUAGGAGAGGGGGAUGACAACACUGCUCUAGGAGAGGGGGAUGACAACACUGCUCUAGGAGAGGGGGAUGACAACACUGCUCUAGGAGAGGGGGAUGACAACACUGCUCUAGGAGAGGGGGAUGACAACACUGCUCUAGGAGAGGGGGAUGACAACACUGCUCUAGGAGAGGGGGAUGACAACGCUGCUCUAGGAGAGGGGGAUGACAACACUGCUCUAGGAGAGGGGGAUGACAACACUGCUCUAGGAGAGGGGGAUGACAACGCUGCUCUAGGAGAGGGGGAUGACAACGCUGCUCUAGGAGAGGGGGAUGACAACGCUGCUCUAGGAGAUGAGGAUGACAACACUGCUCUAGGAGAGGGGGAUGACAACGCUGCUCUAGGAGAGGGGGAUGACAACACUGCUCUAGGAGAGGGGGAUGACAACACUGCUCUAGGAGAGGGGGAUGACAACACUGCUCUAGGAGAGGGGGAUGACAACACUGCUCUAGGAGAGGGGGAUGACAACACUGCUCUAGGAGAGGGGGAUGACAACACUGCUCUAGGAGAGGGGGAUGACAACGCUGCUCUAGGAGAUGAGGAUGACAACACUGCUCUAGGAGAGGGGGAUGACAACACUGCUCUAGGAGAGGGGGAUGACAACGCUGCUCUAGGAGAGGGGGAUGACAACGCUGCUCUAGGAGAGGGGGAUGACAACGCUGCUCUAGGAGAGGGGGAUGACAACGCUGCUCUAGGAGAGGGGGAUGACAACACUGCUCUAGGAGAGGGGGAUGACAACACUGCUCUAGGAGUGGGGGAUGACAACACUGCUCUAGGAGAGGGGGAUGACAAUGCUCUAGGAGAGGGGGAUGACAACACUGCUCUAGGAGAGGGGUAUGACAACACUGCUCUAGGAGAGGGGGAUGACAACGCUGCUCUAGGAGAGGGGGAUGACAACACUGCUCUAGGAGAGGGGGAUGACAACACUGCUCUAGGAGAGGGGGAUGACAACACUGCUCUAGGAGAGGGGGAUGACAACACUGCUCUAGGAGAGGGGGAUGACAACGCUGCUCUAGGAGAUGAGGAUGACAACACUGCUCUAGGAGAGGGGGAUGACAACACUGCUCUAGGAGAGGGGGAUGACAACGCUGCUCUAGGAGAGGGGGAUGACAACGCUGCUCUAGGAGAGGGGGAUGAUAACGCUGCUCUAGGAGAGGGGGAUGACAACGCUGCUCUAGGAGAGGGGGAUGACAACGCUGCUCUAGGAGAGGGGGAUGACAACGCUGCUCUAGGAGAGGGGGAUGACAACGCUGCUCUAGGAGAGGGGGAUGACAACGCUGCUCUAGGAGAGGGGGAUGACAACGCUGCUCUAGGAGAGGGGGAUGACAACGCUGCUCUAGGAGAGGGGGAUGACAACGCUGCUCUAGGAGAGGGGGAUGACAACGCUGCUCUAGGAGAGGGGGAUGACAACGCUGCUCUAGGAGAGGGGGAUGACAACGCUGCUCUAGGAGAGGGGGAUGACAACGCUGCUCUAGGAGAGGGGGAUGACAACGCUGCUCUAGGAGAGGGGGAUGACAACGCUGCUCUAGGAGAGGGGGAUGACAACGCUGCUCUAGGAGAGGGGGAUGACAACGCUGCUCUAGGAGAGGGGGAUGACAACGCUGCUCUAGGAGAGGGGGAUGACAACGCUGCUCUAGGAGAGGGGGAUGACAACGCUGCUCUAGGAGAGGGGGAUGACAACGCUGCUCUAGGAGAGGGGGAUGACAACGCUGCUCUAGGAGAGGGGGAUGACAACGCUGCUCUAGGAGAGGGGGAUGACAACGCUGCUCUAGGAGAGGGGGAUGACAACGCUGCUCUAGGAGAGGGGGAUGACAACGCUGCUCUAGGAGAGGGGGAUGACAACGCUGCUCUAGGAGAGGGGGAUGACAACGCUGCUCUAGGAGAGGGGGAUGAUAACGCUGCUCUAGGAGAGGGGGAUGACAACGCUGCUGUAGGAGAGGGGGAUGACAACGCUGCUCUAGGAGAGGGGGAUGACAACGCUGCUGUAGGAGAGGGGGAUGACAACGCUGCUCUAGGAGAGGGGGAUGACAACGCUGCUCUAGGAGAUGAGGAUGACAACGCUGCUCUAGGAGAGGGGGAUGACAACGCUGCUCUAGGAGAGGGGGAUGACAACGCUGCUCUAGGAGAUGAGGAUGACAACGCUGCUCUAGGAGAGGGGGAUGACAACGCUGCUCUAGGAGAGGGGGAUGACAACGCUGCUCUAGGAGAUGAGCCAACUUUACAUACUCGUUACCCAGCAAUAUUUCCGGUCUUGUAUUUCCGAAACAAAAGUCCUGACCCAACAACCACAAAGGAGUUUUAA